AUGAGUUUAGCCCAAGCCGGUGAAGAAAGGCUUCUAAAACUACAAGAGUUGGAAAGAAGACUUGAAGCCUACGAGAACUCUAGAUUCUACAAGGAAAAAACCAAAUUGAUUCAUCAUAAGGGUCUCGUGAGGAAGGACUUCAAGGUCGGUCAAAAAGUGUUGCUUUUUAAUUUGCACCUCCAACUCAUGCCAGUUGAGAUUAGGGGCUUGGAGACUGGAAAGGAAUUCAAGGUGAAUGGGCACCGUCUCAAGAUUUUCAAUGAAGGGGAAGUGAACCUUGCUCUCUCAAGCUUGGCUUUGACUUCACCCUCAUUCACUUAA